CCCCCGCCAGACCCCCGCCAGGCUCCCGCCAGCCCCGCCUGCCCAGCUCCCGGAGGCGGCCGCCGGCUCCCGCCAGCCCCGCGGCCCGUGCCCUGAGGAGACCGGCGCCCUCGGCUAGGGAGCCUCGGCCUCUGUGCUCCGGCGGGAGCCUUUCAGAGGUCGGCCAGGGCUUUGUUGUGCGCGUUCCUGCACUUUUCGUCCAUCAACAAGCAAUUAGAUACGCGGGUAUCGCGUGCUGGCGCGGUGCUAGAUGCUGGGUGUCAUCUCAGAAAAGUACGUUCUUGGGCGCGCCUGAGGGUGCUGGCUGCUGGGAUCUAGGUGCUCUACGUGCAUUCGUGAAGAAGCCCACCAGUGUUUGUUGAAAACCAGAUCUGUAUUUCUGAAUAUAGACCCCCAAGCUGAGUGAACCUUUAGCCUCUAAGCUCAAUAUGUAUGAAGCUUUGCCAGGCCCUGCUCCUGGAAAUGAAGAUGGCCUUGUGAAAGUGAAGGAAGAAGAUCCCACCUGGGAGCAGGUGUGCAACUCAGAGGAGAGCAGCUCCCACACUCAGGAGAUUUGCCGCCUGCGCUUUCGGCAAUUCUGCUAUCAGGAGGCUCCUGAACCCCGGGAAGCUCUGGCCCGACUCCGAGAACUUUGUCAUCAAUGGCUGAGACCGGAGAUGCACACCAAGGAACAGAUAAUGGAACUGCUGGUGCUAGAGCAGUUCCUGACCAUCCUGCCCAAGGAGCUCCAGCCCUUUGUGAAGACAUAUCCUCUGGAAAGUGGAGAGGAAGCAGUGACAGUGCUGGAGAAUCUAGAGACAGGAAGUGGAGACACAGGACAACAGGCCUCUGUCUGUAUUCAGGGACAGGACAUGUGCCCAAUGGUGACAGAAUACCAAAGAGUCUCUUUGGAGUGUCAGAGACUCCAGCUCCUGCCUGGGGUAACUACCCUGAAGUGUGAACCUCCACAGCUUACUCAAGAGAACCCACAAGAAGUGAGCGGGCCUGUUUCCCGAGGAUCAGCUCAUCUCCAUGAAAAAAAACACAGAGACAAGGCUGCAAUGCCUGUGUUUAAUCCAGUCAGGUCCCAGACACUUGUGAAGACUGAGGAAGAAACAGCCCAGGCCCUUGCUGCAGAGAAGUGGCCACAUCUGAAUCUGGCUCAGAGGAACCUCUGUGGUAACUCAGCUCAGGAGACGGUUAGGAGCCUCAGCCUGAUGACUGAAGAAAUUGUAACUAAAGAUAGAUUGUUUAAUGCAAAGCAAGAAACUUCUGAAGAAAUAGAACAAGGUGGAGAGGCCUCAGCAAUGCCCAGCAGAGCGUGUGCACUCCAGAUUCCUUAUAGUACUCCUAUCCCUACUGAAAGGACAGUUGCACAUUUGAACACUGUGAAGAGCCAUCACUCAGGUGACUUGUGGGCCCGGAUGCACAUCUCAUCCUUGGAAUAUGCUGCAGGAGACAUUACUCGAAAAGGGAGAAAAAAAGACAAAACUCGAGUGAGUGAACUGCUCCAAGGCCUUGCAUUCUCUGGUGACUCAGAUGUGGAAAAAGAUAAUGAGCCUGAGACCCAGCCUGCUCAAAAGAAGUUAAAGGUGUCAUGUUUCCCAGAAAACAGUUGGACCAAAAGAGACAUUAAACCCAACUUUCCAAGCUGGUCAGCACUGGAUUCUGGACUUUUGAAUCUCAAGAGUGAAAAGUUGAACCCAGUAGAACUUUUUGAAUUAUUUUUUGAUGAUGAAACAUUCAACUUAAUUGUCAAGGAAACCAAUAAUUAUGCUUCUCAGAAAAAUGUCAGCUUGGAAGUCACAGUUCAAGAAAUGAGGUGUGUGUUUGGUGUCCUGCUUUUGAGUGGAUUUAUGAGGCGUCCUAGAAGGGGAAUGUAUUGGGAAAUCUCUGACACCGAUCAGAACCUGGUUAGAGAUGCAAUCAGAAGGGACAGAUUUGAAUUGAUUUUCUCAAACCUGCACUUUGCAGAUAAUGGCCACCUAGAUCAAAAAGAUAAGUUUACAAAGUUGAGGCCUCUCAUAAAACAAAUGAAUAAAAAUUUCCUCUUGUAUGCUCCCCUAGAAGAAUACUAUUGCUUUGAUAAGUCAAUGUGUGAAUGCUUUGAUAGUGACCAAUUCCUGAAUGGAAAGCCUAUUAGAAUUGGCUAUAAAAUUUGGUGUGGUACAACCGCACAGGGUUAUCUGGUGUGGUUUGAGCCCUAUCAAGAAGAAUCAACUAUGAAGGUAGACGAGGAUCCUGACCUUGGGUUAGGUGGAAAUCUAGUGAUGAACUUCGCUGAUGUUCUUUUAGAGAGAGGUCAGUAUCCCUAUCACCUGUGUUUUGAUAGCUUCUUUACAAGUGUGAAAUUGUUGUCAGCCCUGAAAAAGAAGGGGGUGAGAGCAACUGGAACAAUUCUUGAGAACAGGACUGAAAAAUGUCCCCUUAUGAAUGUAGAACAUAUGAAAAAAAUGAAGAGAGGGUAUUUCGAUUUCCAAGUAGAAGAAAACAGUGAGAUAAUUUUGUGUCGUUGGUAUGGGGAUGACAUUAUCAGUCUGUGCUCCAAUGCUGUGGGCAUAGAACCAGUCAAUGAGAUAAGUUGUGAUGCUGAUGAUGAAGAAAUCCCUCAGAUAAGUCAACCAUCCAUAGUAAAAGUGUAUGAUGAAUGCAAGGAAGGUGUAGCUAAAAUGGAUCAAAUUAUUUCGAAAUAUAGGGUGAGGAUAAGAAGCAAGAAAUGGUACUCAGUUUUGGUGAGCUACAUGAUCGAUGCAGCCAUGAACAAUGCAUGGCACCUGCACAGAGCCUGUAACCCAGGUGCUUCUCUAGACCCAUUGGACUUUUGGAGAUUUGUUGCACAUUUCUACUUGGAACACAAUGCCGAUCUGUCAGAUUAGGGCAUGUAAAAUGGACACAGUGCAGGCAUUAAUAAGACAGAAAAAUAAUAACUGUACAUGCUGUUGUAUCCUCCCAAAGCAAAUCUGAUAUAUGUAAUGAAGUUAAGUAAUUAAUACUUUUAAAAAUCAGAUAUUUAUAUAGAGUUUCAAAGACUUGUAACAAAUAAUGUUAAAAAUUAUCUGUGAAAAUGUUGAACUAUAGUACCUUUCUCUGUCAUAUUUUGUAUCAGACACAGGAAAUAAUUUAUUUGUUCAAUUGA